CUGCCUGCCGUCAGCCCGUUUGUGCGUGUAUGGUUGGGUGUGGGAACUUACGGCUAAAUCGAAAAUUCAAAUAGCAGCUAUUUAAGCGGCAAAAAAAAAAAACCAAAAUCAUUUCUCAACGCCCGUCGUGCAGUUAACAGCAAAUGUAAAAGAUAGGUUUUUCAAAAUGAUUUGUGUGCGUAAUUGCCGAAGUCGCUUUAGUUUUGGCUGUCGUUGACAUCGUCAUCAUGUAACACACACUCCGUUCGAAUAUUAGCAACGGCAAAGGGAAAACAAAAAAAAUCGAAGAGUGCUUUAAAUGUCAAGGACAACACAAAGCAUAACAAAGCCAAGCAGUAGAAGGAACACGAACAAACAACACACAACCGAAACGGAACGAGAAAGAGAAACGGAAAUAGAAAUUGAAACAGAAACAGAAAGGAAAAGGCAACACAUUUCGAAAUAUCUUCAAUUAUUUUGUGCAAUGUAUUAACAAGGAUUUCAGGCAACAACUCUAAAGUCAAUAUGUCCAAUGCCGAGUAUAUUACGUCGUCUGCAUACAAACUGCAGCCGAACACAUCAACGUCGUCGUCGUCGUCCCCAACUGCAUCACCUUCAGCAUCGGGCACAGCAACAGGCGAAGCCCCCAACCACUCCUUGUCAUCCUCUGUCACCGUCGCCUCCUCUGCCUAUUAUGUGCCCCAGACGCAUGCGACCUCGUCGACGGCAACAACAGUGUCCUCGAACACCAACAACAACUCAGCGUCCAGCAACAGCAUUUGCAUGCAACAACAAUUCAAUUCACAUGAAGGCCAGCAGCCCCAUCAGCAGCACCACCAGCACCAGCACCGCCCCCUCGAAGAGAAGAUACCGGCAUUUAUAUUAGCGCCAGCAGCACCGCUGAUGCCGCCGUCCCCCCCUCUCAUAUCCUCGGCAGACACAGUGGCCGAACUGCUCCUCCUUGGCAAUCCCGCCAUCAACGAGCCCCAGCGUCCCCUGUGGCUGGCCUCCCUGCACAGCGUCACCUUCAUUAUCACAUGCACCCUGGCCGUUUUUAUACUGUUCCGGAACGUACUAACAUGGCAUUUGCAGAGCUUUUGGGGAGCCUCUGGCGAUUUCUGGCAAUCGCAGUGGGACAAGUUUAUUGACAAGUUUGGCGAUGAUCCGAUGAUGCUUUGGGUCUUUGGCACCACUAUAUUCACAAUGCUGGUCUAUUGGACUGUGGGCGGCAUUUAUACGUUCAUGGAUCUGACCAAUCGACCGGCUUGCCUGCGCAAAUAUAAAAUCCAGCCUGGCACAAACGAGCCCGUCGAAACUGGCCGACUGCUAAAGGUCAUCUGGCGUGUGAUCUGCAAUCAGAUCUUUGUUGGCAUACCGGUGUCCUUCUUGAGCUACAAGUUGAUGACGAUGCGGGGUCUGAGCGACAUACGGGAGCUGCCCACCUUCCACUGGGUGUGCUUCGAGCUAACUGUCUGCAUAUUGAUGGAGGAGCUGGGCUUCUACUACUCGCAUCGUCUGCUCCACCACAAGCACAUCUAUAAGUUUAUACACAAGCAGCAUCACGAGUGGACGGCCCCGAUAUCGGUGACGGCCAUCUAUUGCCAUCCGAUAGAGCAUAUUUUCAGUAAUCUGCUGCCACCGUUUCUGGGGGUCUUUCUGAUGGGCAGUCAUGUGGCUACCGCCUGGUUGUGGUUCGCCCUCGCCAUUCUGUCCACUCUGAAUGCACACUCGGGCUAUCAUUUGCCGUUUUUUCCGAGUCCGGAGGCCCACGAUUUUCAUCAUUUGAAAUUCAACAAUUGCUUUGGUGUGUUGGGCGUUCUGGAUCGUCUGCAUGGCACCGAUUCGCUUUUUAGGGCCACCAAGUCCUAUGCCCGACACAUUAUGAUGCUGAGCUUUGUGCCACCCCGAGAUGCUUUUCCCGACUCGACCAUGAAAUGAGAUAAGAGCGCAGCGAUUCCAGCGAGCGACAUUUAUGGCUAUAACGCUAGGGAUUGAUCCCUAGGGAUCGCUUGCUUACCCCACUCUCUUUAUCUCUCUCCCCCCCUCGCUGGUCGAUUUUCGGGCUUAAAUCGUGAUCUGAUAUAUUUUUUGUGCAUUAUGUAUAACUUAUUCAUAAACCAUAAGUGCAUGUA